AUGUCCAGCGGAUCAGCGGACGCAGGAGUGUCCUUUAUCUCCGGUAACCACCUCAGAGAAAGAGAUAGAGUGAACUAUCAAGAACUAAACAAAGGAUGCGAAAACGAAACACUGGACGGAAAAAAAGAGCAAUGCUUUUCGAAAGCAGAGACUCUUUUGCCGAGGCCUUUACCAAGCACUUGUGAUACUCUGGAUCAAGCGAGUAACGCGUUAGCUGACAAUGAUUCCAACCUGAACGAGCAUGCCUCGAUGAAAAGCAGUUCUUCUGUAAAUCAAAGCUGUCCUCUGAAUCCUAACAGUGUAGCUGGUAAACGGGCCAGUUCAGAUGAUGAAGGGAACAGCUCGGUAGGCGAUGACUUUGUUGAGGUGCACAUCGAUGAAUACCAAAUGGAUUGCGUCGAAUUGGCAGAAGAAUCAAGCGAUAUUGCUUCCGAAGAUAAUUCGCAUUUUCAGCCAAAUGAGUUCUUCGGCCAGCAGCUUCAGCAGUUCAACUUAAUGAGGCCUUCAUUUCCUAGUUUACGAAAAAUUAGCAGGUGCCGAGCUACAAACUUGAGAUAUAAAAAUGCGCAUCACAACUCGACUUUAGAGCGGGAAGAAUUCUAUCAUGAUUCCACGACUGAGGCAUCUGAAAGUGACUGUAGCUAUCAGUCGUUCGAAGAGGAUCCUCAAGAUGAUAUGCAGCGGAAGAUGAAGCAAGUGGAAGCUACUUUCACAAAUCAAUAUUCCAUUGACUUUGAUGAAUAUUCUAUGAAUCCUUGCAAAAUACCGAAUGAAAUCAAUGAAUCAUUUCGAACAGUUUCCGACAAGGUAGUUGCCGAGAAAUUCAAGAACUGGCUGUCAACAUCUCCUUUCAGGAUUUGGUUCACGAAGCACAGCGGGAACGAACCUUUUGCGCAGUGCAAAUAUGAUCACUGUCGUAAAGUGUUCAGCUUCACCACAAACCUCACUUCUGCUAAUAUGUUGAAGCACCUUCAAACAAAUCACAGAUCUGACUAUGACAGCUUUUACUCAAAAAUACAACCCAAGCAGCACGUACUUUCUGAAGCUCGUAAACCUUUUCAGUUAUGCGCAAGCCUCAUUGAAUUCUACAAAAAAAAUUCCACAAUGAUCAAGGAACUAAAUUUAUUCGUUGAAAAUUUGGUACCCUUCAGUUUAGUAGAGAGUCAGUCCUUUCGCGAAUUAUUCGGUGUUGCCGCUGGGAAAAAUAAGGACCAAUUCGUUUUUUCUCGCAAGACACUGGUGAAAGAAAUCACCAACUAUCACGACAACUUCGAUAAACAGCUAAGGUUCAGUUUGGAAAACACCACAAAAGUAAACAUCCUACUGGAUAUAUGGUCCUCGGCUGUUAGCAAGAGCUAUCUCGCUAUUUCGGUAUCAUUUUGCCCGAAUUUGGAUCGUCUUGAUCAAAACUCUCGAAGAGAGGACGUCAUAUGCAGAGGUUUCCACAAUACCCACAUCAUCGAAUUCCAUGACUUGAGCGCUUCCCGUCACACAGGAGAAUAUUUGAGUCAGGUCCUAGAUGAUACACUGGACCAAUAUUCGCUCAAACAUAAAGUCGCGAGUGUUACGAUAGACAAUGCUACAGACAACCUGGCAAUGCUUGACAAAAUCGAGCCCGAGCUAGUUGGGGAUGGAGUUAAUGCGGAAGGAGGAAUCAUAAGAAUUCGUUGCUUGAAACAUGUGCUCAACGUAAUGUUCAAGCAUAUUGUUGAAAAGUUCGAGAAAGACAAUGCGAAGCUCCUUCAAAGAAUUGAUGAACUAACUUCGAAGAUCAAAUACAACAGUUUUCUUGGUGAUCACUUCAAAAAGUACGCUGGCAAAGCAACUUCAAAACAUGAUGAAACGCGGUUUAUAUUCCGCCAUAAGCAAUUGUCGUCCUUCUUGAAUCUCACAGACUCUCUCAAGGAAUUCUACCUCAAGAGCUACACAUAUAAAAGGUUUCAGCUCAAGAGAGAUGACAGUAGACUUUUCAUUUAUGAACCAGCAGAGAUUCAUCCUUUGAAACUGUUUCUCAAGCUUACCCGUGUAUUUUCCAGUUUAACAAUGGAUAUGCAAGAUGACGCGCUGAACAACCUCCCCAAUGGCAUACAGUUUUACACUUUGCUUCACAGGUACUUUGAAGCAUGCGCUCUAAUUUCAAAAGGUGAUGUUUCCGAUGAGAAUCUGAAAAUUGCAGGCAUUCAGCUCAGGCACCUCGAGGUAGUGGAGGAAGAUCAACGGUCAAGUAUUUUGUCAACCAUUGUUGAGACAAGGUACCUUUUUGAAGAAUACUAUAAUUCUGCCAUUGAACAGAUAGGAUACUGGGUUGCACACAUAUUGAGGCCAGACAUGAAAAUUCAAUCAAUAUCCAAAAUUCUUGAUACGGAGGCAAAAGAGCUUAUAGUCAGCAAAGCAUCGAGCUAUGUCAAAUACUAUUUUGAUCAACAUAAGUUGAAGAUACCAACAGAUGUCGCCGAUAUUGACGCAAGAACGUCAUGUCCUACUAAAGAGAGGAGGCUCAAGAAGAAGCUCAAAUCAUUCAACGAGUUCGCUGGAACAUUGAAAAGUUCACCACCUGAGCGCGGAACACUACUGGAAUGGGAAAGGUACAAUCAAGAACCCCUUGAUUCUCGCUUCGAUUUUAUCCACUAUUGGAUGGCCAACAGAGAGAAAUUUCCACGGUUGUCCUCCUUGGCGUUGUCUUUCUACUAUACCAAGUUGUCCACUGCUAACGUCGAACGGUGCUUUUCCAUCAGUAGGAGGGCUAUCGAAGGGCGAUUUUCGCUAUCCAGCGCAAAUCUUGAGCGCACAAUGAUCUUACGAAACCGCCUAAAGUGUUUUGGAAUUUGUGAGAAGCUCAAACAUAUUACAUCGAUCGAGGAGGUCAGCUGGGUGCUAGACGAUAUGUCGGAUGAUUCUUUUGAUGAAGAUUCUUUUGAUGAAGAUUCUUCCAGUGAUCAGAAUUCCUGCAGUGAGUGA